AUGGUAGAGCCCUUCCGCCUCUCCCUAGUGCAAAACAACCGCCAGACGACUGACUGGAUGCUUGUUCAAGGUUUCAGUAGGAUUCGUCAAGCGAAAACACCUGCUGUUCGGGUGCUCCGGAUCCCAGGCCGAACAGGCUCGCGUGCAAGCGUCGCCCGAUGCAGGGUCGAGCUCAGGGACGACCCGUCCUGCUCCGUCGUCCGUGACGUCCAGGGCGCCGUGCCUGACAUGCGCUGGCUGCUGGAGUCCGUACGGGAGGCCCGCGGCGAUAGUUUCAAUAAGAAACUUGACAAUCCAUUCACGGUUGGCCGAGAGCAACCUCUCCCGGCCGGCGAGGCUGUUCAAUCACAUCGACCAGAUUCGUCCCGCCUCGCCCGCGAGCUGGAAUAUUACCAGCAUCUUGGCCGGCGCGAGGUGCAUACUCUAGGUGAGCGCAUUGCCCUCGUCUCACAGGGCCAGGGGAUCCCAGGCUUGAGCCCAGUCGCUCCUCGGGGCAGGGUGACCUGUGAUCCUUGA